AUGCACAGAUAUAUAAGGGCUUGAAACACAGUGAAAAAUGGGAAGGGUUUUAUUUUACAAGUAGAGAGAGAAAACAGAAAGAAGUUGAAAGAAGAGAGAGAAGAAAGAAAGAUGGGUGAGAGUGUGUUUGGGGUUGGUGAGAAAGAAGAUGGAUUUGAACAUUUGGAGAACAAUCACUCUUUUCUUCAAGCCAUUAAUGUUGAUGAUCAUGAUUUCGAAUCUGGAGUUGGUCCCAAAAGGAUUAGACUUUCUCCUCAUCAUUUUAACCAUUUUCAGGAAGGAGAAACAGAUAGUAGUUCCGGAGGGUCAAGCCCACUUGGCUUAUCUCUGAAAAAAACACCAUCGUUUCUCGAUUUGCUGCAAAGAUCUUUAUUCAUGUCUAAGGCCAAGGACACAGUUUUCACUACUACUUCACCACCUGAAAAUCCUACAACAAAGUCCGACGAUUCCGCACCUCCAUCGUCCUCUAUCUCCGAGAAAUUAAAGGCCUCUAAUUUCCCCGCGGUUUUCAUAAACAUCGGAUCCUGGCAGAGGUGUACACGUCACGAAGGAGAUUUGACUGCGAAACUGUACUACGCGAAACGAAAGCUCGUUUGGGAGGUAUUGGAUGGUGCUCUGAAGAGUAAGAUCGAAAUCCAAUGGUCCGAUAUUAUUGGCAUUAGGGCCAUUUUGCCUGAUAAUGAGCAUGGAACUCUUGAAAUCGAGCUUAAUAACCCGCCUUUGUACUACCGAGAAAUCAAUCCUCAGCCGAGAAAGCAUACACUUUGGCAACAAUCUUCUGAUUUCACAGGAGGUCAAGCCCCUAUUUGGAGGAGGCACUAUGUGAAAUUCCCAGCUGGAAUAUUGGACAAACAUUACGAAAAGCUUCUGCAAUGCGACGAACGACUCUUCGCCUUGAGCCAAAAGCCAUUCCCAACCUGCGAAUCUGCUUAUUUCGACCCAACUAUGUUUCGCAUUUCAGAAAUGUAUCUCAAUUUCAAUAAUCGAUCGAGGAUGCAAUAUCCCUAUCCACCACCAACAGUUUCGCCUAUGCCAAAUCCAACAAUACCGGUUAUGGACUUGCCUUACGGAAACGAAGGAGGAAGUAUCAAUCCAUUUGCGCCCGAUAAUAAUAAUAAUAACAAUAUUGUCUAUCAAGAUCCUUGGUAUAUUAAUACUGCAGCACCACAAGGAGGGAGCCAGGUUUACGAUUACGAUUACAAUCAUCAGACUUAUUACAAUAAUAAUAAUGAAUAUUCAAAAGUAGGAGCGUUGGGCGAUAUCGAGAACCAUUUGUUCGGUGAGUCGCAAGUAUUGUAUUCGGAUGAAGGGACACUCGGCGCGAAUAUGGAGUCAAUGUGUUCGUUGCUCGAACCGGCGCCUCUGAUGAACUAUGAUCAUCAAAUGAUGAUGAAUAUUCCGGAUAAUAAUAUAUAUUCGGAUGGUAAUUUCUACACUAGUAGUGCAGAGGGUACUGUUAAUUGGCUGCCUCAAGAAUUUGUUAUUAAUAAUGAUGCUACGGAAACUGCAGAGGCGACGCUGAAUAACGCACUCCCUCUCGAUCCGUUCAUGUUUCCGGGCAACGAUAAUCCAACCAGUAGAGAUUAUUUCUUUAAUUAG